UUCCCCGCCUGACGUAUUUCCGGUGUGUCCAGGCUGAAGUGCAGGCAAGAUGGCGGCUCUUGGACGCUCGACUCAGUCACUGCUGAGAUCUUCUUUGUCUUCUUUGUCUUCUCUCACACGCCGCCAGCUGUCUGCUGCUGCUGCUCAUGGAGAGGCCGACAACGCCACUAGGACAUGGAAGAUCCUUACCUUUGUGGUUGCCCUGCCUGGUGUGGCGGUGUGCAUGCUCAACAUGUACCUGAAAGAACAGCAACACAGCCACGAACAACCCGAGUUCAUCCCUUACUCGCACCUCCGCAUCCGCACCAAGCGGUUCCCCUGGGGUGAUGGCAACAAAUCCCUCUUCCACAAUCCACAUCUGAAUGCUCUUCCUAAUGGCUACGAGGGCCAUGAUGAGUAAACCCUUCCAAACCUAACUGGGACAGGGACCACUUUCCUUUUUCUUUGUUUCCAGGACCACACUCACUUGCAGUUUACUCUUCUACUCACCCUGAAACACAGGGCACCAAUGUGACCAUUAGGUACAACAAAGUCUCAGCUUAAGUAUCUGAAAUAAAGUAACUACUAUAUCUCCA